AUGAAGCCCAAGGAGUUCACAGGAACAGACCCAGAUGCAGACCCCCAGAACUUUAUCGAUGAGUUGCAGAAGAUUUUUAGGGUCAUGCAAGCUACAGACAAGGAAGUAGUGGAGUUUGGUACCUUCCAGCUUAAGGAUGUAGCUCACUUAUGUCAGGGAGGUGGUGGCAGACCAUUUCAGAAAGGUAAAUCAGCAGGACCUGCCACUUCUGCAGCCAAUGCCCCGGUCCCAAAAUUCAGGAAUGAUCUGAAGAAUAGAAAUUCUGGAGCAGCAGGCUCCCAAUCUCAAUUCAGCAUAGGUAACAAGGGUUUUCAGCACUCCGUCUGCGUCAAGUGCAACAAAAGGCAUCCAGGAGUUUGUCGUUCAGGUAUGGAUGGUUGUUUCGGAUGUGGGCAGCCAGGGCACUUUUUGAGAGACUACCCAUCAGCGAAGCCGGGCAACGUGGCACAGUCCACUAGUUCAGUAGCCACUCGUGCUUCUCAGGCCCAGUCAAGGCGUGGUGUGGCAAAUUCUGGUAACACAGGCCUCAUGUAUGCCUUAGCCAGUCGUUAG